AUGCCCAUCCUUGAACGCCGCCGACCAGGCCAACGGCGCCCCGAAAGAAGAGUAAUCGACAACGACGACGAGGCUCCCGGAAGCGACCUUCCCGAAUACGAACCGCUCGCUUGCCCUCUUACUGCGGAGGCUAAGCGCGCCAUCGCCGAACUCUCCAACAGCCGUGAUGUUCACCGUUACCAGAACCACGUAAAAGCCUCUAUCCGGCAUCUCGGCACCUCCGUUGCUGGCAUCAACGACAGCGUCCGCAUCCGUCACGAGCAUAUCCAGCGCCUUGUCGAGAAGCGCGCCGAGUCCAACGACCUCGGUAGCCAGGAGAAGUCACAGCGCGAGGUCGAACUUGAGACCUACACCGCGACUCUCGACGACGAGGUCCCUCGCCUCACGGCCGAGGCCGAGGCCGCCCUCCGUGACCUCAUCGACAGGCAAGUCGAGCUCGAUGACGAAAAGGCUGCCAUGGCGGAGACGGUGUCGUACUUUCAGGCUAUGCCCGAGCAGGCGCCGCGCCAGCGCAGGCGGACCCGCGUGGAAGCCCAUGGCGACGACUCGAAUAUGGACGAGGAAGGGGACACGGUGGACGACCUGCCUCCGCCGCCGGAUCACUCUGUCAUUGACAUUCUCCGCCAGCGCCGUGCCGAUAAGACCCAUGCUUACCAACGCCAACCCGCGUAUCAGCGCUACGCCUUAAACAACGACUACGCCGCUUUCAAGAAGCUCUGGCACGACGCCGCGCACGGGGACACGGAGGUGCCCCUGCCUAACGCCAAGCGGUGGUUCGACAAUGCUGGAAACCCCGUUAUGCCUGCUACGCACCGCCAACCCGGAAACAUUAAGGGCGAACCCGGAGCUCAACGGGCGGACGAUAGUGAUGAGGAUAUUGUUAUUGCGGGCGAGGUUAUAGAUUAUAGGUGCCCGCUUUCGAUGCAGUUGUUUGAAAACCCGGUCAGCAACAAUGUCUGCAGUCACACGUACGAGAAACAAUGGAUCGUCGACAUGUUGCAGAAGGCGCCUACGAAGCGUGCGCAGUGCCCCGUUGCGGGCUGCUCCAUGGAGCUGGGUCUCGACAAUCUGUACGACGACCAGGUGAUCCUGCGCAAGAUGAAGCGCGCGCUGGAAGAACAGCGUCGCCGCGAAGAGGAAGAGGCGGACGACAGCAGCUCUGAUGACGAGAAUGAGGACGAGCCUCGUCAGGUCAAGCGUGAAGCUCGUGGCAAGAGUCAAAAGCGCAAGGUUGAAGAGAUUGACGACGAAUGA